CCCGUCCCCGCGCGCACCGGGGCGCACGGCGCACACUCGCGCUCCGGGACCGAGUCCCGGCCCGUCACCCCGCAUGGGCCCCGAGGCCGCCGGCCCGGGGAGGGGCGCCGCGCCUCGCCUGCAGGUGAGGACCUGGAUCGAGCCCGUGGUGGCCGCCACGCAGGUGGCCUCCUCCCUGUACGAGGCGGGGCUGCUCCUCGUGGUGAAGGCGUCCUUCGGGGCCGGGGCCGGGGCCGGGGCCGGCGCGGCCUCCAACCACAGCGCCGGCCCGCCGCGGGGCGCCCCGGAGGACCAGCAGCAGCGGGCCAUCUCCAACUUCUACAUCGUCUACAACCUGGUGGUGGGCCUGACGCCGCUGCUGUCGGCCUACGCGCUGGGCUGGCUCAGCGACCGGCGCCACCGCAAGGUCGCCAUCUGCGUGGCCCUGCUGGGCUUCCUGCUGUCGCGCGUCGGGCUGCUGCUCAAGGUGCUGCUGGACUGGCCCGUGGAGGUGCUGUACGGGGCGGCGGCGCUGAACGGGCUGUGCGGCGGCUUCUCGGCCUUCUGGGCCGGCGUCAUGGCCCUGGGCUCCCUGGGCUCGUCCGAGGGCCGCCGCUCCGUGCGCCUGGUCCUCAUCGACCUCAUCCUGGGCCUGGCGGGCUUCUGCGGGAGCAUGGCCUCGGGGCACCUCUUCAAGCAGGUGGCUGGGCACUCGGGCCAGGGCCUGGUGCUCACGGCCUGCAGCGUCAGCUGUGCCACUUUCGCGCUCCUCUACAGCCUCUUGGUCCUGAAGGUCCCCGAGGCGGCGGCCGGCUCCGGCCAGGCACUCUCCGCGGGCGACUCGGUGGCCGGCACGGUUGGCACCUAUCGUACCCUGGAUCCUGACCACUCAGACAAGCAGAGCGUGCAGGGGCUGCACCCCCCAUCUCCCGGGAAAGCCAAGCCCCGGAGAACGAUCAUCGCCCUGCUCUUUCUGGGUGCCAUCGUAUAUGACCUGGCAGUAGUGGGCACAGUGGACGUGAUGCCCCUUUUCGUGCUAAGGGAGCCUCUCAGUUGGAACCAAGUGCAGGUGGGCUAUGGCAUGGCUGCAGGGUACACCAUCUUCAUCACCAGCUUCCUGGGCGUCCUGGUCUUCUCCCGCUGCUUCCAGGACACCACCAUGAUCAUGAUCGGUAUGGUCUCUUUUGGGUCAGGAGCCCUCCUCUUGGCUUUUGUGAAAGAGACAUACAUGUUCUACAUUGCUCGAGCCGUCAUGCUGUUCGCUCUCAUCCCUAUCACAACCAUCCGGUCAGCAAUGUCCAAACUCAUAAAGGGCUCCUCUUAUGGAAAGGUGUUCGUCAUCCUGCAGCUGUCCCUGACUCUGACGGGGGUGGUGACAUCCACGGUGUACAACAAGAUCUAUCAGGUCACCAUGGAAAAGUUCAUCGGCACCUGUUUUGCUCUCUCCUCCUUCCUCUCCUUCCUGGCAAUCAUCCCAAUUGGCAUCGUGGCCUACAAACAAGCCUCGUGGUUGCAAUAUGGAGACGUCAGGGAGACGUGAAGGUUCUGGCCUACAGGAGCUGCGAACACCAGCAACGGUGGAGCCCCUUUGAAGGCAAAGGAAGGGACUGGGUGCUGGCGACCGGAGCCACCCACGGCCCCCCGAAGCCCCAAGUUCCAGCCAGAGUUGGCCUCGGAAUGACCUGCUCUGGCUCAGGGCUCCCUGGUGGGUGGGGAACAGCACUUUCUUGGUGAUAGAAGAAUUUUCUCAGCUUUUGGAUGUCCCUACUAGACAGAGGUUGGGUUCUGGGGACAGUAAAGUAUGGCCUUUCAGGGGUUAUACACCAGCUGCAUACACAGUCAUGCCAGACACACAAAGGGCUUCAGACGGCAGCCCCCUUUCUUGCGGGAGUUGUCCCCAGGGCUCCAAGACACGACUAGUCAUCUGGGUGCUGCGCUGGGAGCCCCACAAUGAAAACUCAAACCAAAGCACACAUUUUCAACAGCCUAAGGGGAACCCAGAGGGGGUGUUUUAUAAGAACUCCCAAUGUUUUGGAAGAUUUUGGGGCUCGGGCUCUUGGAUUCAGGGUACUUUUAUUGCUCUUGUUACUGUUGCUUAUAAGAGGCAAAUAUCAAAAGACUUUCUUCAGUGGAAUAAAUAUUGAGUAUUUUCAGCCAAUGAUACUUUCAAAGUGGGUGGUGUGAAAGGAGAGAGGAGAUAUGCCAAGAGCCAUUUUAUUUGGAGGUCCCUAUUUUUAUAGCCUAUUUUACUUACAUCUAGAAAAGCAGACUCACUUCCAAAUAAAAUCGACAUUUAUUGUA